UCCGACAGCCCGCUGUGGGUUUCCCCCAGCAGCUUGGAGGAACGGGAUGUUUCACGUGUAGAAGGUUCUCAACGAAGGCGUUCACGAAGAUCCCGAAUUUGGAAUGGAUCUCGAGCCGGAGAAUUCGAAGGCAAUCAAUCGCAUCGGGUGUGGCUUCCUACCGUACUUCUUCCUGUGUUUUUUUGUCGCUGGCAUUCCCUGUGCAGCCUCUCUCCUGCUGUGGUCCGACAUAGGUUGGGGCGAGCAGGUUUUUGCCUACUUCGUAGGUGGAGAUGUCAUCGGGUAUGCUUUCGGCUGCAGAGCCGUAUGCAUCAUGCUGAUCUUGUAUCUGCUGGAUUUCUUUUGGCCUCCACAUUUAGAAGGUCAAUACUUUGUGCUUUUCUCGCAGGAUCGGUUUGUUGGUCGAUCUAUCUUGGCAGUGGCCGGUGUAUUGAUUUACAUCGCUGCUCUCAAUUUGGCAGAGUCCUAUCCCUCGGUGCCAAUACAGUGCACCGUGCUGAUGGGGCCAUUGCUGACCACUGUGGUGCGCGCUUUAACUCGACCUGUGCAAAAAGAUCCCAUGGUUGCGGCACUGCAGGGCGUCGAUCGCAUGAGCAAGAUGGGCAGCAUGCGGCUGAUGAAGAUGCAGGUGUAUGUGGGAUCAGAGAAGGAUGCCACUGCCUUUUACGCUGGCAGCAUGACUGCCUUUAUGCUGCUCGGCCUAGCGACCAUCAUUGUGUGGGUCGUGUGGGCCCUGAGCAACAACAUCGACUUCGGGAAUGUGACCUUCGGAGAUGCUGCAUCGGAACUCACGUACAUCCGAUGGAUCUCCCCGGUGGCGGUCGGGUUAGCUUACUUGAUGUUUGGAUUGAUUGUGUCCUUGCGGGUGGGCCUGGCCAGUUCCUAUGACCAUGGAGACAUGUUGAUGAAGAUGGUCAAGGAAGCAGAUCAAGAACGGACCAAAACUGGCCGACUGUCAAUCCAGAGGAAGACGUUGGUUGGCAUGGUGGCACAGCAAUUGGAGACGGAUGACCUGAACUGCAGGAAUGCCUUUGAGAAGCUCAGUCCAUCGCAGAAGGACAAGUUUGCGGAGAAGCAGAUGCGAAAUCUGGAUUUGGUCUCUCGGAUGAUCAAGACCUGCGGCUGCGUUUUCGCCUUGAUGAUUGGUACCACCUGGAUGGCGUCUCAACUCGUUGCUUCCAACAGCCACCUCUCGGACCUGGUGCUAGGCUUUCUGGGAGUUUUCGCCCUGAGCUUCUUCUUGUUCGUCAUGGUGGCGUUCCAACGCCUGAAUGCAGUGAUGACGGAGUGGUGCCAGAAGCUUCCGCUGUAUCGCCUGUCUCUGGCCCUGAUUCGAAGUGACUGGGUGAGGGCAAUGCUUGUUUUCGGCUUCUCACCUGCGAUACCCUUCGUGCUCGUCCUCUCCUUUGUGAACCAACGCGUCCGGAGAUGCAGACACUUAGACGGAAGACCGAAGGCUGAUGAUGUCCUGGAAAGAGUGCCCGAAGAAGAUGACCAGGAUGAGCAACCACAGGAGCCGACUUGGUUCACAAAGCGAGUAGCACAGCAGGUCGACACCAUGCGGGAUGAGUGGAAUUGGAUCUCAAUCUUGCUGAAGGUUUAUAUCUUCGGUCUGCUGAUGCUGCUGUACACGACCUUUCCCAUCAUGCUCAACAUCUUCCUAGCAUGGCUCAGCUCGGCAAUGGCUGGCUUAGACUUUGCCAUUGUCUGCGCGGGCAUAGUUGCUGCAGGCUUAUGCUGUUUCUUACUGCCACCGGUGCCUGGGGUUCCGGUCUACAUUUUUGCCGGCAUCAUCAUCGCAGACAACUGUCCCUGGGGCUUCGAAGCUGGAGCAGGGAUUGCCAUUGGCGUUGGCUUCGUACUCAAGCUGUUGGCCUGUGCCAUGCAGCAGAAGCUCAUCGGAGAGCGCUUGGGGAAGUGGACCUUCAUCCGGGCUCAGGUGGGUAUCAAUCAACCCAUGAUCAGGGCUUUGGAGGCGGUGUUGCGAAAACCCGGUUUGAGCCUGGGGAAAGUGUCAAUCCUUUGUGGAGGUCCAGACUGGCCCACUUCAGUCCUAGCUGGGAUUUUGCGCUUGUCCCUGGUAGAAUGCGAGAUUGGAACAUUGCCCAUCAUUUUCUUUGUGGGGGCGUGCUCUCUGUCGGGCUCGUUCUAUCUGAAGCAGGAGGAGAGUGAGUUCUGGGACCGCAUUGCGACCUUCAUGAUGUCUGCUUCAGUGCUUCUUUGUGUGCUGCUGCAGAUCAUGGGUGUGUGGGCCAUUCAAACUGAGCUGGAUCGGAAUGAAUGGGAGUUGACCAAGCCUUUGGAGCAAAACUUGCACUUGGAUUGGUUGGACUUCAAAGCCACCCAAGUGGCCAAAAGCCGACCGCUGAGGUGGCCUGAGAUCCCACUCUGGCUGAAGCUGCUCACAAUUCUGGGUGUGCUUGGGCAGGUCAUGACAGGCCAGCUUUUCUACUGGGUCUCUUCAAUUUGCUUUGGCGAGUUCGAAGUGACCGAUGACAUCAACGAGCUGGUUCUGUGGGUGGACGGGAGCACAGGCUUAGUCCUGCUUCCAGGACUCUUUGGCUGCGCCAUUUGCCUAGGAGGUUGGAUCAGCUAUUUCGCCCUGGUGGGUUGGGUGAGACGGCAACAAGCCAAGCCCUUCUACGAAGAAGGGCAGCGUUUGGAUCAGAUCGAAAACCAGUGGAAGGAGCAACGCAGAAUUCUGGCACAACAGCUGGUGGACAGCAGCGCUUGCGAGGAAAACUGGCAGGCCUUGGAGAAUUUCCACACGGAAGCUCUUGAGAUGGUGCGGAAGAAUGCGGCCGCACAGAUCGAAACUGAAUGAUCUGACUGGCGCUUAAAUUGUGUUUGCGCUGAAACAAAAUCCGUGGCUUUCUCCAAGAAAAAAAGGAUGUAUG